AUGGUUCACUACAAAUUAACAUAUUUUCCGUUUCGCGGAGCUGCUGAGACUAUUCGUCAAAUUUUUGCGUUUGCCGGGCAGACUUAUGUCGAUUUUCGACUUCCCAUGGAACAAUGGGAAGGUUUCAAGGAUUGUGAGUGGGGAUUUUGAGCAAGGCGCUCGAUUUUCUGAUGGAAAAUCAUUAAAAAAUCAAUUUUCGUUGAGAAAUUGAAAAUAAAACAACGAUACUCCGCAAUCCCGCUUGCAUUUUUGUGUAUUUCUCGUGGACAAUAUUGUUUUUUUUUUGUUUCUUGCGCGGUUUGCGGAAAUAUGAUGAAUAAAAUCAAUAUUUUCAUUAAAAUACAUCAAAAUUCGAGUUCAUCUGUGGAAUAUACAAACCAAGUUUUCAUAAUAACCAAACAAUGUUCUCGAUAUGGCCACUUCUUCGAAUUUUUCCAAAACGUAACACUUUUAAAUCCAUCUUCUCCUUCUUCUUCAUCUUCAAUUCCCUCUUCCAAGUAAUAUUUUUCGAUAAUUCGAAUCAAAUCUGAGCGCAUAUUUAGUAGUUCCUCUAUAUUAAUUCCAAUCCGUGAUGAUUCAUCACCUUCAUCUUCUUCUUCAAUCAAAAGUCGUCUCACGAAAUCAUCGAAUUCAUCCAAUGAAAAGAUCGGAUUACUUAAAACUUUGAAUUUCAGUGGAGAUGCGGAAGCUAUGCCCAAAAUUCGAGCGAAGCGAGUGUAGACCGCAAACUUCCGCGAAGCGUCACUGUCCUCCGCUUUAGCGGCCACGCCUGAGCUUAAAUUCGCUUCAACUAGACCGCUAAAGCGCUUCUUAUCUUCAAAAAAUAUCAAUUCUUCUAAUUCUUGACUUUUCAAAUUAUUGAUAUUUGUUCGAUUACACGGAAAAUCUCCCUGUAAAAUACUCAUGUCAUUUUUUUUCUUUUUUUAAACUCACCAUGUAAAUUCGAAUACUUUUCAAACUUUUCGAAUUUCUCCUCAAAAUACAAUUGAAAUGUCUGAAAAAAAGUUCGACCAAAUCCUGAUUUUCACAAUCAAAUUUUGUUGUCGAAUUGAUUUCUCGAUUCAACCACCAACAAACUUCAUAAUAUCCAGAUAAUGAUGAUUUAUUCAUAAGGAAAAUCCAUUGUUCAUUUUUUGAAUACAGAAAAAUGUGCAUAGAUUGAUUUUCUGCUUCUCCGCCAUCUGUUAGAAGAAUUCUUUCAAUGUAAUUUUGACUUAGCGCAACUUCUUCAUAACAAUCGAGUGAGCAUUUAGCCAAUCUUGCUUUUCCUUCCAAAUCCAUCAAAUCAAUUAUCAUUCUUCUAAUUUCAUAUGGCAAAUCAAACCAUCCUGUUCUUUGUUCUGUUCUGUUGAAUAUUGAUAAAAACGAUCCCAUUUUUCUAGGAUAAAUGACGCUAAAAAUGAUGACAACAAAUCUUUUUUGUGUCAUUUCACGCACGUUUUUUUUCUCUGCCCUAGGCUAUGUCGUUUUUAUUCGGCGUUAAAAAAAAGUUUGAAAAUCACAAAUGCGCCCCAUCGCACAAUCAAAAAUAUCGAUUUUUCAGCAACUCCCUUCGGAAAAUUGCCAAUUUUAGAGGUUGAUGGAAAAGUUCUUGGACAAUCGCAUGCAAUUGCACGAUAUUUGGCCAAUGAAUUUGGGUUGAACGGAAAAAAUGAGUGGGAAAAAGCGGAGGUGAAUAGGGAGAAAGAAAGUGCGCUCUAUUGAGAAUUUGGCGUUUGGGGGGAAUUUUUGAAUUUUUAGUUAGCUGAGAAAGUACGCUCUAGGGAGAAUUUUGAAUUUUUCACUAGAAAAUCUCAAAUUUUCACAGAGAAACACUCAGAAAAUGCGCUCUAAUGAGAAUUUUGAAUUUUUGGUGAAUUUUCGAAAUUUUUAGUUAACUCAGCAAGUGCGCUCUAGGGAGAAUUUUGAAUUUUUCAUCAAAAAUCUCAAAUUUCCACAGAAAAACAGUCAGAAAGUGCGCUCCAAUGAGAAAUUGGGCAUUUUCAAUGAAAAUUCGAAUUUUCAAUCGAUUUUUGAAUUCACGAAAUGCGCUCUAAUGAGAAAUUGGGCAUUUUCAAUGAAAAUUCAAAUUUUUCAUCGAUUUUUGAACUCACAAAAUGCGCUCUAAUGAGAAUUCGGCGUUUUGGGGGAAUAUUUGAAUUUUUAAUUGACUCAGCAAGUGCGCUCUAGUGAGCAUUUUGAAUGUUUAGGGAAUAUCGAUCAAAAAUUAUCGAUUUUGAGAUCAGCAAGUGCGCUCUAAUGAGAAUUUCACAUUUUUUUUGAAUUUUCGAAUUUUCACUCAACCUAAAUCAAAAUUUUGCAGGUAAACUCGCUGGCUGAUCAAUUCGCAGAUUAUAUUCUCGAAGCCCGGCCCUAUCUAAUGGCCCUAUCCGGAUUUUAUCCAGGAGAUCCAAUCCAACUUCGAACCUCACUUUUCUUGCCAACAAUCGACAAGCACAUUUCAAUUUUCGAGCGAAUUCUCGAAGAAAAUUCGAGCGGUUUUUUGGUGGGAAAUUCGUUGACUUGGGUCGAUUUAUUGUUGUCUCAACAUAUCGAGCAAAUAUUGUAUACAGAUUUGGCGGCGUUGGAAAAAUUCAAAAAUGUUUUGAAACAUCGGAAAAUGGUGCAGAAUUUGCCAGCGAUUAAAAGUUGGAUUGCGAGAAGACCUGAAACACCGUGGUAG